AACGAAGAAAAAAAAAAUUGGCUAAAAAAUUAAGUUUUUGCCGAAACAGCAUUUGCAGUAAACGAAAAGGCCAUAGAGUCAUACAACGCACAUAGGCAUCAUCAACAGCAACAGAGCGCGCCAACAGCAGAAUAUCGCGGCACGUUUGGUGGUCAUAUAGCCAGCCUUGCGCCAGACCAGCARCAAGCAGCGAGCACAGUGCUGAGUUAGGGGCUUGUGAAAAAACUUGCAAUUGCCACUUGAAUACGAUACAAGCGUGCGCAUCGUCGUAAUGCUGAAUUUGUUGCCAUCGGCGGUGCUAAAUGCUUUACGCGCCUUCUGGCUGCGUCUGUUGGUAAUAUGCGGUAGAACGCAUAAAUGUCACCUGGGCGAAGGUGAAUACUUAACGCCAUCAACAGCAGCGGCAACCAUCUCGAUCACAGCGACCGCGAAGUCGAACGAAAUGGCAGCAACAGCGGCGCCGGCAGCGCAGCCAUUGGCACCGCCACCACCCAGCACGGGGGCUUGGCCGUGGAAGGCGAAAGUUGAGAAGUCGUCGGCAGAGGAUUUGCAGAAGUUGCCAAGGCCGAAAGGAUUGCCAUUAAUUGGCACGUUUUGGGAUCUAGUAGCAGCCGGCGGUGGACAACAGUUACACAAAUACGUUCAACGACGCCAUGAAGAGYUCGGUCCAAUAUUCUACGAACGUCUGGGCGGCGUACAGGAUGCCAUAUUUGUUUCAUCAGCAAGUCAAAUGCGUGCGGUAUUYCAAUAUGAGGGCCAAUAUCCACGGCAUCCGCUGCCAGAGUCGUGGAUUUUAUACAACAGGCAGCACAAUUGUCAGCGCGGCUUGUUCUUCAUGGAGGGUCCCGAAUGGCUACAUAACCGACGCAUAUUAAAUCGUUUUCUGCUCGGCGGCACCAUGAAGUGGAUGGAUGUGCACAUCGAUGCGUGUACGCAACGUUUGGUGAAUCUGUGGAAGACGCAGGCGGCCAAAGCGCAAGGCAGCUACACCGAAGUGCUGGAGCUCGAACAGCAGCUCUACAACUGGGCAAUUGAUGUGGUUUGCACCAUCAUGUUUGGCGUUUCAGCGGCGGAAAAUCCGCAUAUGGCCAAGACAAUGGAUGAAUUCUCGCGUAUUGUGCACGGAAUAUUCGACACAAGUUCGGCGCUUAUGACAUUUCCACCACAAUUGGCCAAACGUUUCAAUAUGCGUAUUUGGCGUGAUUUCGAGGCGAGCGUCGCCGCGGUGCURAAGAAGGGCAACGAUUUGAUUGAUCUGUUAGUUGAGUUACCAGAAGACAUUACAAAUGGUUUGUGUGUGAAAAAUGGUGUCGACUGUCACGAUUGUAGUGGAGAUUCACUCUUCCAGAAACUCAUUUUAGCCGACAUGCCAUUGGAUACGAUUAAGCGCAUAUUUGUGGAUUUGGUUAUUGCCGCCGGCGAUACGACAGCCUACACAACGGAAUGGGCAUUUUAUCUACUCACUCAGAAUCCGGAAAUGCAAGAGCGUUUGGCCAAAGAAAUGGCUGCGCAUGACGGGCGCGGCAAUAUGCUGGUACAUGGCCUUAUAAAAGAGGCCAUGCGUUUAUAUCCGAUUGCACCAUUUAUUGGACGCUACUUAGACACUGAGGCCAACAUUGGCGGCUAUCAAAUCGAAAGAAAUAGCUUAGUGCUGCUCUCCUUGUACACGGCCGGUCGUGAAUCCAAACAUUUUCCCGAUCCAGAGACGGCAAAACCAGAGCGUUGGCAACGCAACGAGGAAACCGGCGAACUACGUGAAGUCUUGCAAUCGCAUGGCUCCCUACCAUUCGCCAUCGGCAAUCGUUCGUGCAUUGGCCGACGCAUGGCGAUGAAACAAAUGCACUGCCUGCUGGCGUCGGUCAUAAGCAAUUUUAAGUUGCAAUGUAACAAUACAACACCAAUUGACUGCAAGCUGCGUUUGGUAACGGUACCGGAUCAGCCGCUACGACUGGCAAUAAAACUUCGUGACAUCGCAUAGUAUUAGUUAAUACAUAUACAUACA